GCAAUUACAAUAGAAUCCACUCAGAUAGAAGAGACAACAAUUGAGCAGAGAAAUGAGUUCUCCAACAAUUCAGUCACGGCAGUCAUCAAAGGUGGUGAGGCAGGAGCCACCUCGCGUUGAUUCCGGUGGAUGCUGUCGUCGAGUCAGAACUGUGGAGUCCACUACCUCGCCCUUGGACCUUCAGCAGCGCUAUGACAGAUUGGAUGCUAAGGCGGCAGGGCUGGAAAAGGAGGUGCAAAGGCAAACAGAACUACGAGCGAUGUAUAGGAAAAGAAUGGAAAGGACCCAAGACUACCUAAGGUACUGCCUCCAAGUUGCACAAGAAAAAGGAAUCUUAGGCCUCAUUGUCCAAAACAAAGGCGAAUUUCAGCAAGCAAUCAACUCCACUCCACCCAUCCCUCCCAUCCCCACUCCACCUCCUCACCACCCCAAUCUUGCCACCAUUAUUCAUGAAGCCAAAAUUGCUGGAUGGUAUAUUCAUCCAACCGAGAUUCAGUUGGAAGAGAAAAUAGGGCAAGGAACCACCGCAGUGAUUCACAGAGGAACAUGGCGCGGAUGUGACGUGGCAGUGAAGUGCAUAACAUCGGAAUUCUUCAACACAAAUGCAAACGGGGUCGCAUUCUUCGCUCAGGAGGUAGAAACCCUAUCGAAGCAGCGGAACCGUUUCGUUCUCCACCUAAUGGGCGCAUGCCUUGAGCCACCUCAUCACGCGUGGGUGGUGACGGAGUAUCUUAACAGCACCCUGAAAGAGUGGCUGCACGGGUCCGGCAGCAGGCGAAAGGGAAGAGGCGUGCCACUUCCUCCGUUGAAAGAAAGAGUGAGCAAGGCAUUGGAGAUCGCACAGGGCAUGCAGUAUCUCCAUGAGCAGAAGCCAAAGCUCAUUCACCGUGACUUGAAGCCUAGUAACAUUUUCUUGGACGAUGCCAUGCAUGUUCGUGUUGCUGAUUUCGGACAUGCUCGCUUCUUGGAUGACCAUGAAAUGGCUCUCACUGGAGAAACAGGAACAUACGUGUAUAUGGCACCUGAAGUGAUAAAAUGUGAGCCUUAUAAUGAAAAAUGUGAUGUGUACAGUUUCGGUGUCAUACUCAACGAGCUUCUAACAGGAAAAUACCCCUUCGUUGAGACAGAUUUUGGUCCCGCCAAGAUUGCAAUGGAAGUAGUGGAAGGUAAGCUGAGGCCAAUGCUUGCAUCAUCAACAUCAUUAGGGAAUGAAAAUGAUGGUUAUGAUCACCAUGACCAAGUGCAAGUGGAGGAACUCAUUGAUCUUAUAUGCCUUUGUUGGAACGGAAAUCCAUCUAAAAGGCCAUCAUUCGCAACUAUUACUCGCACCCUCAAAAGCUAUGUUAAUUAUAAAUAAUGUAUGUCAGUCCAGCUUGUCAUUAGAGAAAUAUGUCAAGUAGUGGGAGUGGGGAGGAUUCAGUAAUAUUAUCUGUAGAUCUAACACAACAACACAUCGUACCUCAUUAUUAUUCAUUCAUUUAUUCUCUCCACCGUGGCCAUGUUUGUCACUUUUUGCUGCGCAUCUUUGUUGAAUCCAGUGAUACUCGCAUGAC